AUGUCCAAAAUUCUUGCUGUCUUUGGCGCUACCGGCCAACAAGGGAGUUCAGUUAUCAACAAUGUUCUAAGUGACUCGGAACUUUCUCAGAAGUACAAGAUCCGGGCUAUCACUCGUGAUGUUGAAUCAGACAAGGCCAAGAAACUCAAAGCUCAGAAUGUUGAAGUCGUUUCAGCCGACAUGCAGAACAAGGCUUCUCUUGAGGCAGCACUGACCGGCGUAGACUUUGUCUACAUUAUGACAACACCUUCCUUCGGGCCUGAUGCUGUUGAAGCCGAAUUCAAUACUGCAAAGUUGAUCGCUGACACUGCGGUGGAGAAGGGUCUCGAGUACAUCAUAUUCAGUACCUUGCCAUCAGUAUCAGGAAUGUCCAACGGCAGAUACACGCAUGUUACCCCCUUUGACGCCAAGGCAAAGGCCGAGGAGUACAUACGGAGCCUGUCCAUCAAAAGUGCUUUCGUCUCGCUAGCAUACUUCAUGGAAAACCUACAGACACAGCCAUGGUUAGGUCCACAGCCGACCUCGGAUGGCACAUAUGUUAUGUCCCGUCCUGUCCCUUCUAAAGUUCGGCUUCCCUACCUUGAUGCUGUUGGCGAUGUGGGCAAGUUUGUGGGUGCUAUUCUUGCGGAGCCCGACAAGUACGAGGGCAAGACUUUCCACGCCGCUCAGGGAUUGUAUAGUCUGGAGGAAAUUGCAGCCGCGAUAUCUAAGAACACAGGCAAGACUGUUGUUUACCGGCAAAUCUCCUAUGAUGAAUUUGCAAAGGCAAUGCCAUUUGUGCCUCAGCUUUGGGUCGAUGGACAUCGCGCUCAAGAAGAGUAUGGCUAUUUUGGUCCUGGCGAGGAGCAGUCGACUGCUUGGGCUGCGGCCCAGGCUCGCGGUAGACUUACAACUUUGGACGAAUUUCUGGAGGCACAUCCUCUUCAGCUUGCCUAA